CUUGCCAAGCUGGCAAUCCUGACAAAGAAGACCGAGAAGGACAUCCACGAAGCCAGGGAGAAGCAUGGUGCGUCCGAUCCGUCACCUUCUUCGCCUGAUGAUGUUCUGCUUCUCAAUGUGGGCGGCGCUGAGAUGAGUGUCAAGCGCAAGCACAUGACGGAGGGAGUAGGGGUGGAGGGCACGCUGCUGGCAGCACUCUUCGCGGGCUGCUGGGACAGCCGAUUCAUCAAGAUCAACGACAAUGGCAAGACGACCAAAGAAGCUCCUGUAAGAGCCUGGGAGGGCUGAUUAGCUUUGUGGCCAUGAGUUCGUGUAUCUUUGUGUGUGUGGUAGAUUUUCGUCGAUAUCGAUCCUGGUGCGUUUAAGUUCAUUCACAGGGCCAUAUUGGACGCGGAGACCAUCUGGAGCGCCACCGUCCGGCUAACAAUCAGGCCUCCAUCAGCCACCUGCUCGAAGACGCCAGAAGACGCAACUUCACUGGUGAGGAGGCAAAGUGACAGGAAAAGGUUUCCUUGCUCGUUUGUCCAUCUCUCUCUCUGUCUGUCUGCUGGGUGUGUGCCAACAGGGCUUCACGAUUUCUGGAUCAAGAAGAUGCUGUCGCCAAUCGACUCGGCUGCUGCAGGGACCACUGGUGCCAUCACUAACCCACGGGUGUCGGCCACUGGCACCCCCAAUGAGCUAAAUGACUUCGUGAAGGCGUUCGCCGCUGAGAAGGCCCGGCUGGAGGGCGAGUGGGACACCGCCAAGCGACGGUAUGAGAAUCUCGGCAACGAAAUCAAGGUGACCGACGAUCAGAAAGCAGCGGCAAGAGGACAAGCUACAUACGCGUCUCCUAUGAAACGCAUUAAAAUGCAUCCAUGGAAACGAUAUAGCAGCCCUGCAAAAACGAGGCAGGGACCAGGGCGGACGUCCGGCACACCAAGGUUUCCCUUGGCUACCCCUGGGUUUCGUAAAAAGGCCAGUUUGUUUUCACCCUGAUGGCGCAGGGCCGCCCAGCUUGCAUACUCCCCCGGGCCAGGGGAGGUGGUGUGUCAGGUAUAUGUCGUGGGGGUGCGUGUACGCGUCUGUCUUGUAUGCUCAGUAUCCGUGUCGGUGGUGUGUGCACAGGUUCUAGAGGGUCCUGGCCCCCCGUCUCGCAUGCAACACACAGACCGGCUUGAAGACGUACUCGGAGUGGCCAGAGCAUGCCUGAGCUUCACCAUGCAUGUGCAAUGUGACCCCGAGUGCCCGUCUUUUGGCCCGUCUCACCUCCUUACAUUUUACCUCAC